AUGGCCAUGUCGAAGAAAAUAUCGAUGUUAUACUUUGUUCUACUACUUGUUUUUUCUUUUGAGGCGGUUACAAUCAAAACGGAGACUAUUAUAUCAUAUGAUGCUCUCCGUGUAAAUCAUGCAUGGGGAUGUUCUCCAAAAUAUCCUCAAUUUUGCCAGAAAACUAGGGUAAAUCCAUAUACAAAGCCAAUCCCAAAGAACAAUGAAGCUUCACAGCAUUGA